UUGAGGUUUUGAGUUUCAUAUUUGCUUUUCACUCGAUAAGUUUGAUAAGUGUAAUAAAAACACGGUUGUUAAAAACAUAUAUCAGUAUUUGUAAAUACAGACAUGAAUUCUUCAAUGAGUUUGAGCUGCAUAUUGUCAUGUCACUGGUUACUCUGGUUGGACAGGAUGAUCAUGUUAUAAUAAACAAAUGUGAAAUAAUGAACAUUUGGAGAUAAUAAAUAGAACAUAUUGCGAAAAUGGCUGUUGAUACAGAUCUUAAAGAUGCAAUUGACAAUAAAGAUGAACAUCAGCUGCAGUUGAUCCUCCAUGGAAUAUCCACAUGCCCUAAAGAGACACUUCUAUGGGCAUUACAGAAAACUAUGAAACUUAGUGGAGAAACAAUGGAUUUAUUGGAAAAGAGGGGUACUGAUGUCAAUGCUGUGGACAAUGAUGGCUGGGCUGCAUUGAUGCUGGCUUGUGAGUCUGGCUCUCUGGAAUGUACACAGUGGUUAACAGAGCAUGGUUCAGAUGUCAAUGCUAGGGACGAGUAUGGUGAGACUGCAUUGAUGUGGGCUUGUGAGUCUGGCUCUCUGGAAUGUACAAAGUGGUUAACAAAGCAUGGUGCUGAUGUCAAUGCUAAGAGUAAUGGUGGUUGGACUGCAUUGAUGUGGGCUUGUAAGUCUGGCUCUCUGGAAUGUACUCAGUGGUUAACAGAGCAUGGUGCUGAUGUCAAUGCUAGGAACAAAACUGGUUGGACUGCAUUGAUGCAUGCUUGUAAGUCUGGUUCUCUGGAAUUUACACAGUGGUUAACAGAGCAUGGAGCAGAUGUCAAUGCUGGGAACAAUGAUGGUUGGACUGCAUUGAUGCAUGCUUGUAGUUCUGGCUCUCUGGAAUGUACAAAAUGGUUGACAGAGCAUGGUGCAAAUAUCAAUGCUAGGGACAUUACUGGUAGAACUGCAUUGAUGCUAGCUUGUGACUCUGGCUCUCUGGAAUGUACACAGUGGUUAACAGAGCAUGGUGCAGAUGUUCAUAUUAGUAGCAUUACUGGUUGGACUGCAUUGAUGUUGGCUUGUUACUCUGGCUCUCUGGGAUGUACAGAGUGGUUAAUAGAGCAUGGUGCAGAUGUCAAUGCUAGGAACAAGUAUGGUAGGACUGCAUUGAUGCAUGCUUGCAUCUCUGGCUCUCUGGAAUGUACACAGUGGUUAACAGAGCAUGGUGCAGAUGUUAAUGCCAUGGACAAUGAUGGUUGGACUGCAUUGAUGCUGGCUUGUUACUCUGGCUCUCUGGGAUGUACACAGUGGUUAACAGAGCAUGGUGCAGAGGUCAAUGCUAGGAACAAUGAUGAUGAGACAGUAUUGAUGUUGGCUUGUUACUCUGACUCUCUGGGAUGUACACAGUGGUUAACAGAGAAUGGUGCAGAUGUCAAUAAUAAUGACACUGAUGGUUGGACUGCAUUGAUGCAUGCUUGCGACUCUGGCUCCCUGGAAUGUUCUCAGUGGUUAACAGAGCAUGACGGAAAUGUCAAUGCCAUGGAUAUUGAUGGUUGGAGUGCAUUGAUGUUGGCUUGUAAGUCUGGCUCUCUGGAAUGUACAAAGUGGUUAACAGAGCAUGGUGCAGAGGUCAAUGCCAU